AUGUCAGAUGAUCCACAGAGGGCGAAGAGAAUCACAAUCAUCGCGGUUUGUUCUUGCCUGUUGGUGGCGAUGGUGAUCGUCGUGGCCGUCGGUGUUAACAUCGACGAUGACGACUCCAACGAAAAAAACGACAAAGAUAAUAAAAACUCCCGCGCAUAUGUUUCAAAGAAAGCAAUCGAAUCCAUUUGCCAACCAACGGAUUUCAAGGAAACAUGCGAGGAGGAAAUCGGGGCCGAGGCCGGCAAUGCCACUGAUACCAAUGACCUUAUCCAAGCGGCGUUCAAGGCCGCGAUGAAGUUCCUGUCUCGAGCUGCACAGAACUCGACUACCUUGAGAAACCUUCAGAAAGAUCCGAGAACGAAGAAAGCACUAGACAUAUGCAUACAACUAAUGACUUAUUCGAUAAACGAAUUACAAAAAUCAUUCAACAAAAUCGAUCGAUUCGAAUUACCGAUGCUCCAUGAAAUUUUGGCCGAUAUAAGGAUUUGGCUAAGUGCUACAAUCACCAACCAAGAGACUUGCAUUGAAGGAUUCAAGAAUACAACGACAGACGCUGGAGAGAAAAUGAAGAAGGCAUUGAACAUCUCCAUGCAACUAAGCCGAAAUGGCCUCGCCAUCGUCACCGAGUUGUCAAAAGGGUUUCAUGAAUUAAACGUUGAGGGUCGUCAACGCCGCCGACGCCUACUAGGCAAAAAGGAAGUUACGGUUAUCGGUGGGAAACCGAAGUCCGAUUUGAGUUCGAUAUUUAGCCGUCGGCUACUCCAAGCGAACCAAGAUACUCAAAACGGGGUGAAGGCUGAUGUUGUUGUGGCUAAGGACGGUAGUGGGGGUUUUAACAACAUUAAAGAUGCAAUAAACCGUAUACCCUUGAAUGCUACAAAGCCUUUUGUUAUAUAUAUAAAGGAGGGAGUUUAUGAGGAGAAUCUGGAAUUUGGUUAUAGGAUGAUCAAUGUGAUGCUAAUCGGAGAUGGUAAAGAGAAAACCCGAAUUACAGGUCACGUCAACAAUGCUGAUGGUAUUCCCACUUUCAGGACUGCUACAGUUGCUGUGAACGGAGACAAUUUCUUUGCUAAGAACAUUGGGUUCGAGAACUCCGCUGGGGCAGCCAAAUUACAAGCAGUUGCAUUGAUGGUGACCGCCGAUUUCUCCGUCUUCUACAACUGUUCCAUGGAUGGUUAUCAAGACACACUUUACGUUCACAGCAAACGCCAAUUCUACCGCGAUUGCACCGUUACCGGGACCAUUGAUUUCGUCUUUGGUGACUCGGCUUCCAUAUUCCAGAACUGCACAUUCCUCGUCCGAAAACCUUUAGACGGCCAACAAAACGCCGUCACCGCGCAAGGCCGAUCCGACGUUCGACAACCGACGGGAAUCGUCCUCCAAAACUCCAGGAUUAUGGCGGCCUCCGAACUGGUCUCAUUGAAGAACAAGUACCCAACGUAUCUUGGCCGUCCAUGGGGCAACUUCUCGAGGACAAUCAUCAUGGAAACUUACAUUGACGAUUUGGUUAAACCAGAUGGGUGGGCAAUAUGGGAUGGUUCGUGGGGUUUAAGCACUUGCUUCUACGCCGAGUUCAACAACGACGGCCCUGGUUCGAACACGACGAGUCGUGUUAAAUGGCCUGGGAUUAAGAAUUUUUCAAUGGAGAAUGCAGUUGACUUCACUCCUGGGAGCUUCUUCAUUGGUGGUGAUUCGUGGAUAAGGGCUCGAAAUGUACCGUACACCGUAGGGUUUUUUAAGAACAAUGUGCAACAAAAAGCGCAAUAG